AUGGGCUCAUCGCUAGAGGAUCAAAAGAUUUUGCACCGACAAAAGCGUUUGCUAAGUCCAUUUUUAUCAAAAAAGGUGCCGCAUGUACCUACAGAAGAUGAGAGGCGACCUUACCCUGCAUCGAAAGCUAAUGUUAUAUCAAGGAUAUUUUUUUGGUGGCUAUCACCAGUGAUGAAAACUGGGUAUAAGAGGACUUUACAGCCUGAGGACUUGUUCUAUUUAACUGACGAUAUAAAAGUCCAGACUAUGGCCGAUAGCUUUUAUCUAUAUAUGACCCAUGAUAUAGAUAGAGCCAAACAAAAGUUUUUGAUAAAAAAAUGUAAAGAAAGAGGAGAAACGCUAGAAACCUCAUCGGUUGAUCGAGAAGUUGAUUUAAAGGAUUUUCAAUUGAGUAAAUUUAUUACAGUUUGGGCUUUGGCAAAAACAUUCAAAUGGCAAUAUUCGUGGGCCUGUUUCUGUUUAGCUUUGAGUAAUGUUGGUCAAACUACUAUGCCAUUGCUCACUAAAAAAUUGAUUCAAUAUGUCGAGCUAAAGGCCUUGGGUGACGAAACUGGAAUUGGUAAAGGUCUUGGUUAUUCUUUUGGAACGGCAGCAAUUGUUUUCAUUGUUGGUGUUUUGAUUAACCAUUUCUUUUACCGUUCAAUGUUGACUGGCGCACAAGCCAAAGCUGUGCUAACAAAGGCUUUGCUAGAUAAAUCGUUUAAAUUAAGCUCAGAAGCUAAACACAAGUAUCCUCCAGGUAAAAUAACGUCGAUGUUGGGUACAGAUUUGUCAAGAAUCGAUUUUGCAUUGGGAUUCCAACCUUUUCUAAUUGUGUUUCCAAUCCCAAUCGGUAUUGCUAUUGCUAUUUUGAUUGUGAAUAUUGGAGUAUCUUCAUUGGUUGGUGUUGCUAUAUUGUUUGUGUUUAUGAUCGGUAUUGCGUUUUCGACAGGUGCUUUGCUUGCUUAUAGGAAAAAGGCCAAUUUCUUUACCGAUACUCGUGUGAAUUAUAUCAAAGAAGCUUUGAACAAUUUAAAAGUUAUCAAAUUUUAUUCAUGGGAACCACCAUAUCACGAAAAUAUUUCCAAUGUACGAAAGAAGGAAAUGAGGAUUAUUUAUCGAAUGCAGAUUUUGAGAAAUAUUGUUACUUCAUUUGCCAUGUCUUUGACAUUGUUUGCCUCAAUGACUGCAUUUUUGGUUCUUUAUGCAAUUGCUAAUGGUAGAAGAGAUCCAGCUUCUAUUUUUUCAUCGCUUUCUUUAUUCAACACGUUGACUCAACAAGUGUUUCUUUUACCAAUGGCGUUAGCAACUGGUGCUGAUGCCUUUAUGGGAAUAUCUCGUGUUGGUGAAUUCAUGUCUCAAAACGAAGUUCACCCCGAAGAAAACCGAAUUGAAGCACCACCUGAAGUCCAAAAAGAGAUGGACAGAGAAGGUUUGGCAAUUGAAGUCAACCAUGCUGACUUUGAAUGGGAAGUAUUUGAAGAUGACGAAGAAGAAGAAGAAGCAGGAAAAGAGAAGGAGAAAGAGAAGGAGAAAAAGAAAGAGAAAGAGAAUGGGUUUGAAGCUGGCUUUGAGAAUAAGAAGAAGAUGAACAAAAUGAGCAAAAAGAAAAGGGAAAAAAAAGAGACCAAAAAGGCGGAAUCCUUUGAAAAUGAGACUAUUCAUGAUUCUCAUACAGAAAAGUUGUCUACUAAAGAUCUGGAUUUCACUGCGGAUACACUGUCUGAAGAGGAACUUGUAUUCGAUGGCUUGAAAAAUAUCAAUUUUAAUAUCAAAAAGGGUGAGUUUGUUGUUAUCACGGGUUUGAUUGGUUCCGGUAAAUCAUCCUUACUUGCUGCCAUGUCUGGUUUUAUGAAACGUUUACGCGGUUCAGUCAACGUGAAUGGUUCUUUAUUGCUUUGCGGUCAACCUUGGGUUCAAAAUAAUACUGUUAAAGAUAAUAUUAUUUUUGGAUCUAAAUACGACGAAGAAAAAUACAAGCGAGUGAUUUAUUCAUGUUCCUUGGAAUCUGAUUUAGAGAUCUUGCCAGCUGGUGACAGAACAGAGAUUGGGGAGCGUGGUAUUACAUUAUCUGGUGGUCAAAAGGCUAGGAUUAAUUUAGCUCGUGCAGUUUACGCCGAUAAAGAUAUUAUUUUGUUGGACGAUGUGUUGAGUGCUGUUGAUGCCCGUGUUGGUAUACAUAUUAUGAACAAUUGUAUAUUGGACCUACUCAAGGAGAAAACAAGAAUUUUGGCAACGCAUCAAUUGUCGUUGAUUGGCUCUGCAGAUAGAAUAAUUUUUUUAAAUGGAGAUGGCUCAGUUGAUGUUGGCACGUUUGAAGAGUUAAAGGAAGCAAAUCCAGGGUUUGGUAAUUUAAUGACUUAUAAUCACGAACACGAGAAAGAAGAAGAGGUAGAUAUUGAACAACUCAGUGAAGAAGAGUUGGAAGAAGAGAAGAAAUUGAUUGAACGUCAGUUAACUCAAAGAACAACUAGAACGACAAGAUCUAUUGGACCUGAGAACGAAGAAGAAGAUGAUGAUGAAGAAGCACGUCAUCAUGAGUUUAACUUGGACGAAACUGCAGAUGGUACGUUAAUUGGUAGUGAAGAGCGUGCAGUCAAUGCCAUUGGAUGGGACGUCUAUGCAAGGUAUAUCCGAUUAGGAUCAGGACGGUUCACCCCGUGGCUAAUUCUUCCAGCAUUACUCACUGCUAUGUUACUUUCAACGUUUAGUCAAAUUUUUACAAAUACUUGGCUAUCGUUCUGGACAUCAUACAAAUUUAACAGACCAAACAAGUUUUACAUUGGUAUUUAUAUCAUGUUUACAUUUUUGUCCUUCUUUUUGUUGACUAUAGAGUUCAUUAUAUUGGUUUACAUCACCAAUACUGCAUCCGUUAUGUUGAAUGUAAUGGCGGUAAAGAGGGUUUUACAUGCACCUAUGUCAUUUAUGGACACGACUCCAAUGGGUAGAAUUUUGAACAGGUUUACAAAGGAUACUGAUGUGUUGGAUAAUGAAAUCGGUGACCAAAUGAGAUUCUUUUUAUUUACUUUUUGCAACAUCAUUGGUGUUUUGAUUUUAUGUAUCAUUUAUUUACCGUGGUUUGCCAUUGCUAUACCAUUUCUUGGAGUUGUGUUUGUUUCCAUUGCCAACUAUUACCAGGCCUCGGCACGUGAAGUGAAACGUUUAGAAGCCGUCCAAAGGUCAUUAGUUUAUAAUAACUUUAAUGAAACAUUGAGUGGAAUGCCUACGAUCAAAGCUUACAACGCUACGUCAAGAUUUAUGGACAAGAACAAUUUUUUGAUUGAUAAAAUGAACGAGGCUUACUAUAUAACUAUUGCUAAUCAACGUUGGUUAGCUAUUCAUAUGGAUUUCAUUGCUUCUUUAUUUGCGUUACUUAUUGCAUUGCUUUGUGUCAAUAGAGUUUUCAAUAUUGGAGCUUCAUCAGUUGGUUUAAUUGUUUCGUAUGUUUUCCAAAUUGCUGGUCAAUUAUCUAUGCUUAUUAGAACUUUUACUCAAGUUGAAAACGAAAUGAACUCUGCCGAAAGGUUGAGCUCCUAUGCUACAAGCUUACCAGAAGAAGCUCCUUAUGUCAUUACCGAGAGAACUCCACCACCAGACUGGCCAAGUAAAGGUGGUAUUAUAUUUGACCAUGCUUCUUUGGCAUACAGACCAGGUUUACCACUAGUGUUGAAAGACUUGACAUUUAGAGUCGAACCAAUGGAGAAAAUUGGUAUUUGUGGUAGAACAGGUGCAGGUAAGUCCUCGAUAAUGACUGCGUUGUACAGAUUAUCGGAAUUGGAGUCAGGCAAGAUUGAGAUUGACGAUAUUGAUAUCUCAACAUUAGGUUUGAGGGACUUGCGGUCAAAAUUGUCGAUAAUACCGCAGGAUCCAGUUUUGUUUAGAGGUACAAUCAGAAAGAAUUUGGAUCCAUUUGGCGAGCACUCAGAUGACAAGUUAUGGGAUGCAUUGAGAAGAACUGGGUUAAUUGAAGAAUCUAGAUUAGAAGCAGUUAAGAAGCAAACUAAAGUAUCAUCAGCAACAACAACUACAGCAGCCAACUCAGAAAAGGGGGACGCAACUGCAACUGCAACUACAACUACACCAUUGAACAAAUUCCAUUUAGAUCAAACUGUUGAAGACGAAGGAUCCAACUUCUCACUUGGAGAACGUCAAUUGAUUGCAUUUGCACGUGCAUUAGUACGCGAUUCAAAAAUUUUAAUUCUUGAUGAGGCAACAUCAUCAGUUGAUUAUGAAACUGAUUUCAAAGUUCAGCAAACGAUUGUACGAGAGUUUGGAGAUUGUACAAUUUUAUGUAUUGCUCAUCGGUUAAAAACGAUUAUUAACUAUGAUAGAAUCUUGGUAUUGGACAAAGGAGAAAUUAAAGAAUUCGACACACCUUUGAACUUAUUCAACCUAGAAGGUGGUAUUUUCCAGCAAAUGUGUCAGCGAUCAAACAUUACCCAAGAAGAUUUUUCAAACACCAAAAAUUUUUAA